CAUACACAGAACAAUGAAAACCAGUACAUUGCUUGCAUUUGUCCUUCUCUUUGCCUUCAUCUCACAACAACCACUGCUUGGAGCAGCUGAAGCUUCACCUGAGCAAGUGGUUGACAUCACAGGGAAGAAGCUCCGGGCCGGCACCAAUUACUACAUUCUUCCUGCUUCACCCUUAUAUAGGUGUGGACGUUAUGGAAGGUGUAGAAGUGGUGAAGGCCUUUCACUUGCCAGCACUGAUAAAUCUUGCCCUCUUGAUGUUGUGCUUGUGAGUGGACCUUAUGGAUACCAUGGCAUCCCACUAACCUUCCGACCUGUUGACUCAAAAAAAGGCGUGAUUCGUGUGUCAACGGAUUUGAACAUCAUGUUCCAAACUGAUCACACGAGUUGCGCUGAGUAUUCCCCAGUUUGGAAGAUUGAUGCAUCUAAAGGAAAGUGGUUUGUGAGCAGUGGCGGAUCUGUCGGCAACCCUGGUUGGAAAACCAUCUACAACUGGUUCAAAAUUGAGAAGAGUAAUGAGGCCUAUAAGCUGGUGUACUGUCCCAAUGUAGUGCAAUCUUCCAAGCAUCUGUGCAAGAAUAUUGGCCUCAUUGUGGAUGAUAAUGGGAAUAGGCGUCUGGCUCUGAGUGAUGUUCCAUUCAAAGUUAAGUUCCAGAAGGCCUGAAGA